AUGAAGUUUGGCAAGCAGAUUCAGAAGCGGCAGCUAGAAGUGCCUGAAUAUGCAGCAAGCUUCGUAAAUUACAAAGCUCUGAAAAAGCUAAUACGCAAACUUUCGGCGACGCCUAUUCUCGCAUCUCUCAACGAUGCAUCGCGCCAUUCAGGCAUCGAUGAUUCGCAAGCGGCUUUACAAGCAAACAAGGCCACCUUCUUUUUUCAAUUGGAGAGAGAACUCGAGAAAGUCAACGCUAUUUACGUACAAAAGGAAGCUGAGCUCAAGAUUCGCCUCAAGACCCUUUUGGAUAAGAAAAAAUCACUCCGGUCGCGGGGGCAAGCUAUCCUAAGACGCUCGACAAAAUUUACAACUUUAGAGGAGGGCUUUCAGCAGUUUGGAAACGAUUUGAACAAACUUCAGCAAUUUGUUGAGAUUAACGGUACGGCCUUUUCCAAAAUCCUGAAGAAAUGGGAUAAAACAUCAAAGUCAAAGACUAAAGAAUUAUACCUUGCGAGAGCUGUUGAAGUCCAACCAUUCUUCAAUGCAACCUUAAUAAGCGAGUUAUCUGAUCAGGCCGCCACUAGUUUACAGGAGUUAAGUGCUUGGUCUGAAGGAGAUCAGAUUAACUUUGAGAGAAAUAACGAUCAUAUUGUUAGCAGUCAGCACCUGUUGGGGACGGACGAGGGUGACGCAGAUACAUUGCUUUUAGAAGCUGUAAAUUCGGGCAAUAUUGAGUUCCUUAAGGAUCUAUUGCUGCGAUUAAAAACCUCGGCUAGCCAAGGUGGCUCUGGAAACACAAUACUUCUUGAGCGAAUUACCCGAACUUUUCUCGCCGCUACAAAUGAAGGACCUCAAAAAUCACUGCAGCUCUUGCUCGAUACUGGUUUUGUGGAUCUUAAAUCGAAAGAUGAGAUCAAUGAAAGAAAUUGUCUCCAUCAAGCUACCUUAUACGGUAAUGCUUUCGUUCUUAAGGUUGGCCUAGCGGAAGGGGUUGCUGUAAAUAGCACAGACGUGUAUGGUCGAAUUCCUUUACAUUAUGCCUCCAUGCAUGGUCGCCUUGAGAUGGUUGAGGCCUUAAUACAUGCUGAUCCCUCAACUAUCGAUUUGAUUGAUCACGACAAUUUCACUCCCCUAAUUCAUACGAUUAAACACAAUCAUCUUGAUUGCGCCGAGCGGCUACUAGCUCGAUCUGCUAGGAUUGAUCCUACUUCUAAUGCAGAUCAUGUUCCUCUUAAUCUAGCCUGUGAAUAUGGCUCCGUUAGUAUUGUAGAGCUACUUCUUAAACAUCAUGCCAAGAUUCUUCCCGAUGCUGAAGGCCUUUAUCCUCAGCACUUGGUUGCUCGUUCGGGCCAAACACCGCAAUUGCUCCUACUAUUGAAAGAUUAUGGCGCGGAUUUAGAUCAACUUGACAAGCUGUAUUUGUGGACUCCCCUAUUUCAUGCCGCGAGCGAAGGAAAUGUAUCCUGCAUACGCAUUCUGUUGAACUUUGGAGUUCAGGUCGAUAUUCUAGAUGAGAAAGGGCUUUCGGCAAUGUACUAUGCGGCGUGGGAAGGAUACUUAGAAUGCAUGCAACUGAUUUCUCUCAACAUAGAAGACUCCCGGAACUCUCGGGAUCCUGCCAAAAAAACUCGACAUAAGUCUAUCCUACAGAGUAACAAUGUCCUGGAUAAAGAGAAGCAAGAUAUCGACGCGAUUCCUAAACUUGAACUACCUCCUCCUAUAAUACCCUUCCGCAGAUAUGGUCACAGCUUCUUGGAUACUAAAACCCUCAUCCAGAUAAGGUUUGACGAGGACGGCUGCCAGCCCAUCAGGUUUUUCCAAGACAGCAAGUAUCCGAGUGCUCGUCUAACCAUUUCAUCUAAGAUUUCAGACCUAAUCCCGAAGAACCUACUACUGCCACUUCAAGAAGAUACAAAGCUUGUUUUAUUUCAGGUUGAUAAUUUGGAUUCCUUCGCCAUUGACUUUGACGUCUUUCCCACCUACGGUGCAAAAAUAAUCGCUAAAACGGUGGCUCUGCCUAAUAUUUUCCAUAGCUUCGAGUCGGGUUUGGGUCAAUGUUGUCUUCCACUUUUCGAUUUGCGUCUGAGAGCCAUCGGGCAAAUUUCCUUUAAAUUUCAAGUGAUUAAGCCUUUCCAAGGGAAGCCUUUGGAAAUGACGGAUUUUGAAACCUAUUGGAAGGCGACAAGCCAGUUGGGACAUCGGCCUUGUGCAUUUAUUACAGACUCGAGUCUAUCGGGAGAGUAUAUUCAGGUACUUGUACAGCACACGUGUGACGGAGUACCAGUGUUGUGGCCACGGUGGACCCUAAAGUACUUUGACAUUGAGAUUCCUAUCAGCCGCUUGACCUAUGAUCAAUUUAUUGCAGCAGGAUCGCUGUUAGUGGAAAGAAAGCAGGAUUUACUCAACCUGCCUAGUCAAUCGAUUGAAAAUCUUGCAGAGAUCCAUCAAAUUCUUUCGAGAAACGCAAUUUCUCUCAAAGAUAUGCUAGAACUGCUGCCCAAAGGGAUCAACGUUAAUAUACAGAUCUUAUAUCCUUCCCGGGUCGAGGAAAAAAAGCUGCAUCUUGGCCCUACUCUGAAUAUUAAUGUCUUCAGUGAUGCUAUUCUUUCCAUAGUAUUUGAUCACGCUCGUGUUCUACGAGAACGUUUCCCCGAUGCUAUGCGCUCGAUAGUAUUUUCAUCGCACAACGCCACAAUCUGUACCGCGCUGAAUUGGAAGCAGCCCAACUAUCCGGUUUUUCUUUGUAACGACCUUGAUCGUAAUAGUACAACUGGAAGCUUGCCCUGGGACAGGGCUCGCGAAGGUGAAACUUUGAGCAUCAAAGAAGCGGCGAAGAUAGCAAAGGAAAAUAAUUUUAUGGGACUAUGUUGUAACUCGAGACUACUUGAGUUAGUACCCGCUCUGGUGGAAUCGAUUAAAAUCCAAGGCCUGGUGCUUGUUACAGAUGAGCUUGCAGGACCGGGAAGCUUAGAUAGAAAUAACGACUUAGUUUCCUGUGCACUUGAAGGGGUUGAUGGCGUGCUGAGGAGAAAUGGUGUAUUACGAUUCCUGGAGACUGUUGAUAUUUAG